AUGGAGCAAAUCGAAGAACAGACCAGUGUAGCCGAGAUGGAAAACGGCAGCACUGUAACUGUUCAGCAAGGGCAGGCUCUUCCACAAAGCUCGGCGCAAACUUCGAUGCCUCCGCCGAUGCAAACGCCAUCUGUGAUUCAGACCAACCAACAAUCCGUAAUACAGACUGCUCAGUCAAUUCACUCGGCGUCUAUUCAAGGUCAGCAAAUAGGUUUGGCGCAAGCAGUUCAAGGAGUCACCGAUCCCGAUGAUUCUGGUGUGUUGGAUGAAGAAAGCAAAAAGCGAAGGGACAUCUUGUCGAGGAGGCCUUCAUACAGGUACACUUGAGCUAAUGAAGAAGAACUUAGAUCAAUACGUGAUGUCCUUGUGAGCCUCCUAUCCAAAUGGGGUCUUUGUAGGAGUGUAUGAUGUGAUAUUUAUAUUUUUACGCGGUCCAUUAGAAACAAAGAAUGGCUAUGAUGUACUUUUUCUUCCACUUGUGAGAGUUGAAUCAAAUUUACGUAGAAGCUGACGCACGAUAUUACGCGAAGCUUCCUCAAUUCGGCACGGAAUGUCGCCAUCCGUAGUUCCGUUACGAUAGAAUACGUUACAGUUGAUGAUUGAAGGUAAAGUAAGGACUCUUGUCUAUUCCAAUUUCUGAUCGACACAGAAUUGGCCGUGAAAGAAAUCAUUGUGAUCAAAGUGAUCGUAGUUCCAGGUCAGUAGAGAGAAAAUCGUUAGCCUCUCUAGAAGCUUACGGUAUAUAAUUCUUGUCUGGAAAACUGAGUGCUGUUUGUAUCUUUAGUGAACUCUUGACUUUUUGGGUAUUAAUGUAACGUAAUAGAUGACGUCCAUGAAUUUACAAUAAUUGUAUUUUUCUAUGUUAGUUUAGCAAUUCACAGUGGUUAUUCUCUGUUGAAUUUGAGAUUCAUUGUAUUCGAUUUACGACUGUUUCGAGGACAUAAAUAUACUUUAAGGAACUGUCGUACUGUCGAAGAUGUUGAUAAUGUAUGAAAAUAAUCAACGUAUUGUAGGGAUUGGUAAAGUAGAAGGACAAGAGAGGUUCCGGCAUACAAUAACGUCAUGAGUGAAUAGUAUGAUAAGGGCAUUCAGGUUAAUAUCAGAAUCUUGAGCGUGCUAUUUUAGUCUAUCAGUGUGUUUUUUAUGUUAAACAUAAGCAUCGAAAAGCAUCGAUGUCCAUGCUGCAGACUCUUUGGAAGAAUAUGCAUGGCUUUAGCGGUGGAAAUAAAAUGCAGGGAAUAAUAAUUACAGCUGUAUGUUAUUACGGUCUACACCCUGCACCUACCCUGUGCAGAUAUGUUCUAGAUUUAUUUGCUAUAAAUAAGCAAUAAUUGCAUGAUGAAAAUUAUGUCAUGGAUAAAAAUAUUGAUUUUGAAUAAAAAUAUUGAUAAAUUGAUUUUUCUGAACAUUUAUCUUGCAGUGUGAUUGGUUGAAAGGUUUUUUUAUUGGGACUACUGACUGUUUAUAAAGUUGUAUCUGAACUUAAUCAUGUGAUUCAGAAGAAAAGUUCUGUUUAUGCUAAAACACAAACCAGUACCAAACUGAUAAAGUCUUAUAUCAACCUAGUUACACAAAUGUAAAGUUCUGUUUUUACUAUGAGAAUACGACUUAAGUGCUGUCCAAUAAUAUGACUUUUGACUAGUGUAAGAGUCUGCUAGGCUAGUGUAGUUUCAUCAUCACCUGCUACUCUGUAGCCAAACCAAUUUUUUGACCUUUUUAAAAAGAAUUAACAAAAUCUAAGCAAAGUUUUAAUCCAACUUCUAGCACUGAACUAGUCAACUGCUUGGCAAGGACGCAAUAGAGCUCUAAAAGCCGCAAUUGUUGAUUUUUUAGUAAAACCUGUUAUUUUAUUUUAGGAAAAUAUUCAACGACUUGUCUGGUUCAGAAAGCCCAACCAAAGUAGAAACCAUCUCUGAAGAUAUCCAAGGUCAGAGUGAAGGUACAGAAGGAGCUUCACCUAUAGCUGUGAUUACCACUAGUCCACUCAGCUACCAACAAGCACCGCAAACCGUCGCCAUUCCAGGAACCAUACAAAUUGUCACUUCAGGUGAGGCACUUCAAGCAGUGCCCAUGGCUCAGAAUUCUUCUGGUGCUGUCGUUCAAUAUCAGCAACAGCAACAGGUAAAGAUAUUAUCUUUUUGCAUCAAAUUUACAUAAAUUUAAAAGUAUCAAAGUACUCACUUUCUGUCUUCUCAUUGGCUAAGAACCUACAGUCAUUUUUAGAAAUCAGUGCAACCCACCAUGCCUACAAUUCAUGAUUUCCCAGUACAAUGUCAUACUGAGAUGGUGUGUUUGUGAUGAUUUUUGUUGAAACAAGAUUUGUUUUUACCUUUGAUAUCUGGAAUAAUCAAGGCCGACUGAAAAAGUUAAGUGUCACGGCCUCUUUUACUUGUAGUACUGGUCCUAAAAUAAUAAAUAUUUUUUUUUCACCUCUUUAGGACGGUCAACAAUAUAUUUAUACAACUAACCCCGGAGAGGUUCAAGUACAGGUAAAGUGAAGUUCUUUACUGAACACAUUAUUCUCCUUACUUAUACAAGUCUCCUUUUUCUUUGUCAGUUCUCCUCGCAAUUGUACAGCAAUAAUGACCUCACCAGUAAUCUGUCACCAAAAUAAUAUUAGAUUUUGGCCACUUACCUCAAAAUUCACUUUUGCCUCUCUGUGUGAAACUUUUUUAUGUGUAUGUCAUUGAAUGUUUAGAGCAAACAUGCCUUAUCAUUGUCGUUGUCAAAGAAGGACUUCUGUUUAACUCUACGAGACCCUGUUAAUACAUCUGACGAGACGUAAUUGCCAUCAAAUAUGUCAUUGAAUGAAUUAUGUCAUUAUAAGGUUCAUCUUUUUUAAUUUUGCCUUGAUCCUGGAAGGUAAAAUCAGUUGUUUACCACUUUAUUACCAUGACAAGCAAAAUGGAAGCAACUUGAAUUGCUGAGUUGUUAAAUUUGUCUGCUGCUGGCUGUAAUAGGGACAGCGGAGCAUAUUUUGGAUUGCUUGGGCUCAACAAGCGGCAAAGCAGUGUGCAAAGAAAAUAGUGUCCGAUAGCCUGGGGCUAGUGGAUUUUGCUAUUGGGCUAGUUAAUUCUGUUUUAACUUGCCCAACGGGCAGAAGAACUGUGAAAUCAAUUCUGCUCGUCAAAAAGCUUAUGGGGCUGGUUGAAAUGACAUCUGGGCUAGUGAAUGCUAGCUUCAGCUUGCCCGAAUGGCAAGCUGUAAAAAUGAUUUUCUUUGCACCCUGUAAAGUCACAGUUAUGUAUGGGUGUGGGGAAAAUUUAAAAUUUUUUCAACAGUGUAGAACUUCUGAAGUCAGGGGAAAUUCAUUUAUUUCUAUCAAUCCUGAGAAAAUUUUUUCAAUUGUGUAUCACCAUUCUGUUAGUUUUUUUAUGCAAAAAUGUGAUUUAAAACAUGAUUAUUAUAGAAACUUGUGUGUGCUUUUAACUCAAAGAUUAGAAGUAGUUUUCUGAUAAUUGGAAAAAAAUCCCAGCGAACUUACUGAAGGGGCUAUAACCCCCCAGCCCCAUAACUCCGGGGUCCCUGUGAAAGUGCUGCUAAAUGCACCUUGAAAUAAGCUGUUUUUCGUACAUGAAUAGUGAGUCACCUCUUGGUCUCUUUUCCACGUAAAAAAUGUGUCAGUAUGUAAGGAAAAUUGAGCAUAAUAUUUUUUCUUAGCAGGUUCAAGUAAGCAACACUGGUACGAUGUAUACAAUACCAGCAGCACAACAACAGUACAUUCGUGGACAAGUUCCACCUGGUAUGGUUCUUAGUUCACCUGGCAUUGCUGGAAAUGGUCAACAAAUAGCUGAGGAUGCAUCUCGAAAACGAGAAAUGAGGUUACUGAAAAAUAGGUAUGACUCCCCUGAAGACUGUAAUAUAAUUUAAUAUUAACAUGUCUGACUGGUCCCCUAAGUACUGUAAAUCCUCUAUUAAGCCCUGGCGGGGGGAGGGGGGGGGGCUUUGGGGGGGGGUGUGGGGUGGUCUGGUGUGGUGUGGGGGGCGUGGGGGGGGUGGGGGUGGGGGGGGGGGGGCUUGAUCAGGGUUGUCAGAAAGUUCUAGAGUAGACGACUGAGUUGUCAAAGUAAGCCCCUAGCUGCAAGUCCAGUUACAUUUUAUUUAAAAAAUGCCAUCCGUAAAGAAAAUGGCAGCCGGCUACUUUUGACAACCCUGUUUAUAGAGGAGGGGGGCUUGUUUGGUAGAGGGUGGCUUAUUCAUUUAGCAAAGGCAAUGGCACGGUUACCGUAAAGACCUAGUGCAAGAAGUUGGAGGUCAAAAACAAAUCCAAACUUCCAGCUGGGGAAUAAACCACCCUGAGUCAGUCCACACAAAGUCUUACAUUCGUUUUAAUCUCAUGUUCAGUACUUGCAAGUCUGUAAAUGAUAAUUUCAAUAAACAUUUGUUUUCUCAUGGAAGUCUGUACCAAUAAGUUCAAAUACCUUUUGGGGGACCCCCAUUCUUGAAAAAUUUCCCUCUAAAAUUACAGAAAGGGGCCCAUUUGACCUUCAUUGACCAAUUUCUAGAAUAAACCCUGGGUGUGGCUUUUGUCCCUCUCUAGUCCUCUUGUUCUCACUGAUUAGAAGGUAGAGAAACUUGAGGAGCAAGAACUGUAGAAAAUGAUUACUGUAAAGCCUUAAUUUAUCACAAGGUUUUGGCCAGAAGGGUGUCAAGGAUUGCUCGCUUUAUAGAAGAAAAUCAAGGAAAAAUGCACAAAGUUUACGUUUUUUCAUCAACAUUUUACUUCCAUAGUCUUAAUUGGGAAGAAGUACUCAGGGAUGAGGUGAUAGAUUACCCUCAGGGUUGUAAGAUACUCACACAUGGUCUUUCUUUUUGACUUUCAGAGAGGCAGCCAAAGAAUGCAGGAGAAAGAAAAAAGAAUAUGUGAAGUGUUUAGAAAACAGAGUUGCAGUCCUCGAGAACCAAAAUAAAACUCUGAUUGAAGAACUUAAGACACUGAAAGACCUGUAUUGCCACAAGUCUGAGUAGAAACUAACUUAUCUUACUUUGCCUAUGACAAUAUCUGAGCAGUUUUCCAGUGGCUAUCAUAUCAAAAGUACUUUCUUUUAUUUCACUUCUUAACAUUACUUUUUGAUCCAAUGAUUUAGACAUCAUAGAUCUGAUUCAUAAGGCAGGACUACAUUUUUUUAUUGUUUUAUGUCUAUUUAUAGCCUCACUGGCCAAAUUUUAGAGUAAAGAUUCCUUUGGUAACAAGGCUAUUGUCGCCAUUAGAAUGAACGUAAACAAAAAUAUUAUAAUUUAGCAACCAUUAAUUUAAUGAUAAGGGUCAAGUAACUGGAACCUAGUCUGAAAGCUAAUCUCUUAUUUGAAAAAGUUUGGGAAAACCGUUGUAAAUUAAGCUGUGACCUGAUGUACAUUUAUUCAUCAAUUUUUGUGUUGCAUUAUUAGGUUUUGGUCACCAUAGAUUUUCUCAGAGCCAGUGGAAAAUUGCUUUUAGUAAAUCAACCUUGAUAACUAAAUCCAAAAGCGCCAAGACUCGAGACAUUGUAAAUAGGCUAUCAGGCCCGCAAGUUUUAUCCAUUUGUAAUAAUGCUAAACAUUCAUGAUUUUCUACCAAAAGUCUUUUAUAACCAUGUUGGUUUCACCUGAAACACCACUGAAGUUUGUUGUGUUUUAUUGAGAUUAAUUAUUGUUAACAUAGGUGCAGAAGAAUGCAUGUCAUGUCUUCCAGUGGUGAAAAAUUACUAAAUUAUAGAUUUAAAAUAAUCCACAAGUACAUGUACUACUCUAAGUAGCUUGUAAAAAAUAGUUGUAUGGUAAAGUAAAACCAUUUUUAAA